AUGAGCUUGGGUGGAUUUCGUCAGGUCAAGGCGUCGAAGCACGCGUUGCGUACAUACCACCCCAUUAAUGAGUUUGCGGAUAAAACCAAGCCGUCAUCGUCGCCAAAGAGCCUCAUUAAGCUCUCUAUUGGAGAUCCAACGCUUGACGGAAACAUUCGCGCACCGACUGUGCUGACAGAGGGGAUGGUGAAUGCCGUGAGGGGUGGGGCGGAGAACGGAUACACCACGGCCGUCGGUGAUGAUGAGUCACGAGAAGUUGUGGCGCAGUAUUGGCAGAAUCUUCUCGCCCCUGAGCGCCGCGCAACGAUUGAGAAGGAGAACGUCGUGAUUUGCUCCGGUGGCUCACAUGGCAUCGUCCUCUCCAUCACUGCGUUGUGCAACGAAGGUGACAACUUGCUCAUCCCCAACCCCGGCUUUCCACACUACAAGACGGUGUGUGUCAGCUACGGCGUCGAGCCCCGUGCGUACCGCUGCGACCCGCACAAGAACUGGGAGGUCGACCUCCUGGACGUCCGCCGCCUUGUCAACAGCAAGACAAAGGGCAUCAUGCUCAACAACCCCUCCAACCCCUGCGGUAGCAACUUCAGCCGAAAGCAUAUUGAGGAUAUAGUUCGGCUUUGUGAGGAGCUGCAACUUCCCAUUAUAUCCGACGAGAUCUACGCAGAGGUUGUCUUCACAGGUGAGGUGUUCACGUCCGUUGCAGACAUCGACACAUGUGUGCCGCGUGUCAUCCUCGGCGGCACCGCAAAAAAACUAGCAGUGCCCGGUUGGCGCUUCGGCUGGGCUAUUCUCGUGGACCGCGACAGUGUGGCAAGGAGCUGGGUUGACGGGAUGGACCGCUUAACACAGCUGCAUGCCGGCGUGAGUUCUGUCGCUCAAAAGGCACACGCAAAUGCCAUUCUGCAGGUGCCACAAUCACAUCUGGACAGCAUGAUCGCUGUGCUUGAGGAGGGCGCCAGUGCGUACGAUUCCCUCACCGAAUUUGGCUUUGAAUACAUAAAGCCUCGCGCGGCUAUGUUUGUCAUGGUAAAGAUCAACUUCAGUCAGUUCAAGGACAUCAAGAGCGACGUGGAGUUCUUCGAAAAGCUGCUGGAGGAGGAGAACGUGCAGGUGCUGCCGGGAGGCAUUUUUGGUCUUGACGGAUACUUCCGCGCGACCAUAACACGUCCUGUAGGCGUCAUUCGCGAAGCUGUUGAUCGCAUCGGACAAUUUUGCAAACGCCACGCAAACUAA